AGAAGCUUGAAUCAUCCACAGGGGAGAUCAUGGAUUUCGUUCGUCUUCUCUUCUUCCUCUUCUCCGUGAUCGCGUCGAUCGUGCAUGAAUCUUCAGGCUCACCAGUCAUUAAUCCAUCUAAGGUCAAGCAAAUUUCUUGGAAACCCAGAGCUUUUGUGUAUGAAGGUUUCCUUACCGAGGAAGAAUGCAACCAUUUGAUUUCUCUUGCGAAAUCAGAGCUGAAGAGAUCAGUGGUGGCGGAUAGUGAGUCGGGGAAGGGUAAGCUAAGUGAAGUUAGAACUAGCUCCGGAAUGUUCAUUCCUAAAGAUAAGGAUCCAAUUGUUUCUGGGAUCGAAGAAAAGAUUGCAACUUGGACUUUUCUGCCCAAAGAUAAUGGAGAAUCCAUUCAAGUACUACACUAUGAGGAAGGGCAGAAAUAUGAACCACACUAUGAUUAUUUCUUGGACAAGGUUAAUAUUGUUCGUGGUGGACACCGCAUAGCGACUGUACUCAUGUAUCUUAGUGAUGUUGGAAAGGGUGGUGAAACUGUGUUCCCUAAAGCAGAGGAAUCAUCUCAUCUUAGGUCAGUGGUUUCAGAUGAUGAUCUAUCCGAGUGUGCCAAAAAAGGCAUUGCAGUGAAGCCUCAUAGAGGAGAUGCGCUUCUUUUCUUCAAUCUCCAUCCAGAUGCCACUCCCGAUACCGAUAGCCUCCAUCGUGGCUGUCCUGUGAUCGAGGGCGAGAAGUGGUCAGCAACAAAGUGGAUUCAUGUGGAUUCAUUUGACAGGAUCAUAUCCAUCGGGAGCUGCACUGACAAACACGAUAACUGUGAGAGGUGGGCUGCUCUCGGAGAAUGCACCAAGAAUCCCGAGUAUAUGGUGGGAACUCCAGACGUUCCAGGUUACUGCAAAAAGGCUUGCAGACAAUGUUAACCUCUGGAUCGAAAUUUGAUGCUUUCAACACAAAUUCCACGUUCUUCAUUUAAUUAGAUUUUGUCCUUCGCUCUAUCCCAUCUUUAUUGAUUCAUUACCAAAUACAAGAAUGUUCGUCUUAUUUAUGUGCUUCACAGAAAGGGUAAUUUACCCUGUUUGUUUUUUCAUCUUGUUUAAUCCUUUGUGCA